UAUAAAAGAAAGUAAAAUUUCAUUUAGACCUGACCUCGAUACUUGUAUUAUAUGUUGUACACCAAUAAAAAUAUUUUCUUACGGAAAAUGUUUGCAUAAAAUAUGUUCUAAUUGUUCAAUGCGAAUGAGAAUACUAUGUGAUCAAUGUUAUUGUCCAGUUUGUAGAACUGAUUUACAAAAGAUUAUCUACUCCUCUCAAUAUAUUCCAGAGGAAAUAAAAUACUUGGAAAGCUUAAAUAAUGAAAUGGAUGACAUGCAUAAACCUAAAUGGGGUAUAUAUUAUGAAUCUGGUCAGAUUAAAGAUGAAUGCACACAACUUUUGAAUCAUCCUUGCCCUGAAUGUAGUUCAAAUAUAAAAACAAAAUGUUUUCCUAGUCUUAAAAUUUUGAAAGACCAUUUAAAAGCUUUACAUGAUAGGUAUUAUUGUGAUAUAUGCCUAAAACAUUUAAAACUUUUCACCCAAGAGAGAAAAGUCUACACCUUACCCGAAUUGACUCGGCAUCUGAACGAAGGUGAUACUAGUAUGGGCGAUACGUCUCAAAAAGGGCACCCUUCUUGCAGAUUCUGUGCUAAUUUGGAAUCGGUGACUGGUCAGAAAAGUAACACCUCGGAUUUUGUAGAAGGAAGGUAUCUUGACGAGGAAGAAUUGUUUAAACAUCUUAGAAGGGAUCACUUUUUCUGUCACUUUUGCGAUGCGGAUGGCAUAAACGCUUACUUUGACACUUAUCCCGUACUCAGAGAUCAUUUUAGAUCUGAACAUCAUCUAUGCGAAGAAGGGGAUUGCAAAUACGAAAGAUUUGUCACUGCUUUUCGCAAUGAAAUUGAUAUGAGAGCUCACAGGAUUGAAAAACACUCUAAAACUAUGGAUAAGAAUUCACAGAGGUUGCUUAGAAAUGUCGAAAUUUCUUUCACUAACGAAUUGAACCCUAUUAUCGAGAAUUUGAACAGGAAUCCUGCUCGUUAUACGAAUUCAAGCGAUUUUAAUCAAAAUUAUAGCGGUUCAAGUAACCCUUUUCCAGAUAGGAGGUUUGAUAAUGAUAACAAUGCAAAUAGACACGGGGACAAUAGAGCAAGAAGACAGCAGCCUUAUUUAGAUAGUGGGACCUUAAUUCCAGACCAUUUUGGCGUGGACUCGAACAUUUACUUUAACCCUGAAGAUCACCUUCACAGCAACAAUCGCAAUAUCUUUGACGAUUACAACGCAAAUAAUUUUCAUCAGCUGACCUCUUCUGACUUCCCCUCCUUGUCUAUUGGCAACAAUCAAAUGACUACCCUUUCUUCCAACUCCAACAAUAGCAUCGAUAAUAAAUAUCAUUCGGAAUAUGACAAAAUAAGUAAAAAUAAAGAAGAUGCAAACACUUUGACAUCCCAGAAUCUAGCACCUUUCUUGCCAAGGCCUUUCAGUAGAACCGUGCAAGCUUCACCUAACCCUUGGCCCCACACUCGAUUAGGAUCUAAUGUGGAUGAGGCCUUUCCCGCUUUAACAUCUUCCAAUAAACCUCAAAAGAAAGUAACGUUAUCAUCUUCCACCUUUAACUCUAAAUCUAAUCAAUCACAUUCAUUGUCACCAAAAAUUGCUUCAAACUCAAAAAGUAGCAAUAAAUUUAACCUGCUCCAAUCAACCACAAUCGAUCAUUUUAAGAAAGGCGCUAAAACAUCACCAUCUAGUAAUGCUCAUUCUUCCAAAAAGACCAAAAAAUCGUCAUCGAGUGUACCAAAGGUUCCUAUUCUACAGAUGUCAGAUGAUAAUGAAUUCUAUAAUCAUCUUGACGAUAGCGAAGAAAAUGAAUUUUGCCGUCUGCCACGUAUUCAGCCCGAUAACCUUAUAGCUUCCUCCGAGUUUCCUUCUUUAAAUCCUUCUCGCAAAAACAAUUAUAACUCUUAUUCUGCUCAACAUUCCAAAUAUGAUAAUUUAUCAUCGUACAAUCAGCUAUUUUUAUCAUCAUCUAAAUCGUCUAAAGCUCCUCUCCGAAUUUUACCACCUCCACCUAUCCCUCCGCCUCCCCCUCUUAUACUUAACGAAUUCCCUAGUCUUCCUACUGGGAAGCUUAAAAAUUUAAAUAGUAAUAAAAUAAAGGAUAUGGAUGAAAAGAGCGUUAAAUUGGCUCAGCUGGCGGCUAGACUUAACGGGAUCGAUUUAUAAAUCAUCUUAUUAAUAUAAAUACGCUCAAUUUAGAAAAAUAUCCAUCCAUCAUUGAAUUUACUGGAUUAAAUGAGAUAGUUCAAAAAAUCGUAAACAAACAUCGGUUAUCUAAAAAUUAGUCCGGUUAAAUAAUUUUACUACUUUUCAAAACAAUACCUUUAUAAAUAUGUAGAUUAAAAUUUUAAGAUGAAUAUAAGAAUAAAUAACAUAAAUUAUCGUAAUUAACACUGUAUUUUUCGCCUAUGUUUUUUUUGAGCAGGACUUUAUUAUUUAUAAUUUUCCUAAUCAACCAUAAAACACUGAACCUUUAACAUAUUAAUUUUAUAUAAACAAUAGCAAAUGAUGUCAUGUC